AUGGCUGAACCAAGCGGCAAACGAUUGAAGACCAACCUGCCUAACUGUAAAACUCACCGAGCAUUUCUCGGGAGCAGGGUGAAACAGAAUCUCCCAGCGGUCGUUGAGGAGAGUUUGUGCGGAGUAUCGACAUUGCUUAUGGAGGUCGCUUACAGACUUGAUGCACUGGUAAGGGCGACCCGACCAUUCAGCAAUAGGCUGUAAGUGCAAGUUACUUGUUUACAAAAUUCUCUCAGGGAAAAUUGGAUGUGUUACAAAUAAACGCUUUUCAUGAAAUGUAAUGCAUUGAUUAUAGAACAAUGAAUAGCCUAAAUCACUACAGGAAAUAUGUUUUCCUUAUCGAUAUGAGGUUCACCCAUCUGUCAUAGAUUUGGCUGUCAUUCUACAACAUUGCAUAACCUUCUAGUGUGUAGGCUACAAACGAUGAAUUCUACAAGUCUUUCUCUUAUCAUUGCCUUACUUAUUUGAUGAGUUGAUUCAAUUUACCAAGCAGCCUAUGUUAAACACAAUAUACAUAAAGUUGUAUGCCACCCAAUACAGUACGUGGAUCACUCUCACUGGAGUUACUCUGUAUGAUUGACUCUUCCAGGCCAAGAUAUUUGAGCAGGAUGACAUUGCCUUGCCAAGAGUGGCAGCGUUCUUCCAUGAGCACUCUGUGAAUGAGCAGGCACAGGCUGAGGCCAUGCUGGACUACCUGUCAGACAGAGGGGGACAGUACUGCAGUAAAGACAUCCAGGUAAAGUUGCCAACUCAUAGAAAUAGAAUGAACCUCCAGUACACCCAUUAUAGCAUAAUUGACCCGAAUGGAGACGCCCAUUCUACUCAUUCUACUCAUUCUAAUUCUGUGUGCCCACUGCCAGGGGAGAGGGGAUGGGUUCCUAACUCCAGGCACUAAAGCAGGGUUUAUACUAGUUACACCAGCCACAAAGUCAAAAUUAAAUCGAAAACAGAAAUGUGCUUUUUGGUCUCAAUUUAAGGUUAGGCAUAAGGUUAGCAGUGUGGUUACGGUAAGAAUCAGAUUUUAAGACGAAAAAUAGUAGAAAUAGUCAGGGUUCAUGACUUUGUGGCUGUGGUAACUAGUGACGACCCCUAAAGCAGGGCAUCAAAUCAAAUCAAAUUAUAUUUGCCACAUGCGCCGAAUACAACAAGUGUAGACAUUACCGUGAAAUGCUUACUUACUGCCCUUAACCAACAAUGCAUUUAUUUCUUAAUUAAAAAUUAAAAUAAAACAACAACAACAAAAAAGUGUUGAGAAAAAAAGAGCAGAAGUAAAAUAAAAUAACAGUAGGGAGGCUAUAUACAGGGGGGUACCGGUGCAGAGUCAAUGUGCGGGGGCACCGGCUAGUUGAGGUAGUUGAGGUAAUAUGUACAUGUGGGUAGAGUUAAAGUGACUAUGCAUAAAUAAAUAACAGAGUAGCAGCAGCGUAAAAAGAUGGGGUGGGGGUGCAAAUAGUCCGGGUAGCCAUGAUUAGCUGUUCAGGAGUCUUUUGGCUUGGGGGUAGAAGCUGUUGAGAAGCCUUUUGGACCUAGACUUGGCGCUCCGGUACCGCUUGCAGUGCGGUAGCAGAGAGAACAGUCUAUGACUAGGGUGGCUGGAGUCUUUGACAAUUUUGAGGGCCUUCCUCUGACACCGCCUGGUAUAGAGGUCCUGGAUGGCAGGAAGCUUGGCCCCAGUGAUGUACUGGGCCGUACGCACUACCCUCUGUAGUGCCUUGCGGUCGGAGGCCAAGCAGUUGCCAUACCAGGCGGUGAUGCAACCAGUCAGGAUUAUCCUUGAUGGUGCAGCUGUAUAACUUUUUGAGGAUCUGAGGACCCAUGCCAAAUCUUUUCAGUCUCCUGAGGGGGAAUAGGCUUUGUUGUGCCCUCGUCACGACUGUCUUGGUGUGUUUGGACCAUGAUAGUUCGUUGGUGAUGUGGACACCAAGGAACUUGAAGCUCUCAACCUGUUCCACUACAGCCCCGUCGAUGAGAAUGGGGGCGUGCUCAGUCCUCUUUUUUUUCCUGUAGUCCACAAUCAUGUCCUUUGUCUUGGUCACGUUGAGGGAGAGGUUGUUAUCCUGGCACCACACGGCCAGGUCUCUGACCUCCUCCCUAUAGGCUGUCUCAUCGUUGUCGGUGAUCAGGUCUACCACUGUUGUGUCGUCGGCAAACUUAAUGAUGGUGUUGGAGACGUGCCUGGCCAUGCAGUCAUGGGUGAACAGGGAGUACAGGAGGGGACUGAGCACACACCCCUGAGGGGCCCCCGUGUUGAGGAUCAGAGUGGCAGAUGUGUUGUUAACUACCCUUACCACCUGGGGGUGGCCCGUCAGGAAGUCCAGGAUCCAGUUGCAGAGGGAGGUGUUUAGUCCCAGGAUCCUUAGCUUAGUGAUGAGCUUUGAGGGCACUAUGGUGUUGAACGCUGAGCUGUAGUCAAUGAAUAGCAUUCUCACAUAGGUGUUCCUCUUGUCCAGGUGGGAAAGGGCAGUGUGGAGUGCAAUCGAGAUUGCAUCAUCUGUGGAUCUGUUGGGGCGGUAUGCAAAUUGGAGUGGGUCUAGGUUUUUUGGAAUAAUGGUGUUGAUAUGAGCCAUGACCAGCCUUUCAAAGCACUUCAUGGCUACAGACGUCAGUGCUACGGGUCGGUAGUCAUUUAGGCAAGUUAUCUUAGUGUUAUUGGGCACAGGGACUAUGGUGGUCUGCUUGAAACAUGUUGGUAUUACAGACUCAGUCAGGGACAUGUUGAAAAUGUCGGUGAAGACACUUGCCAGUUGGUCAGCACAUGCUCGGAGUACACAUCCUGGUAAUCCGUCUGGCCCUGCGGCCUUGUGAAUGUUGACCUGCUUAAAAGUCUUACUCACAUCGGCUACGGAGAGCGUGAUCACAUAGUCAUCCGGAACAGCUGGUGCUCUCAUGCAUGCUUCAGUGUUGCUUGCCUCGAAGAGAGCAUAGAAGUGGUUUAGCUCGUCUGGUAGGCUUGUGUCACUGGGCAGCUCGCGGCUGUGCUUCCCUUUGUAGUCUGUAAUAGUUUUCAAGCUCUGCCACAUCCGACGAGCGUCAGAGCCGGUGUAGUACGACUCAAUCUUAGUCCUGUAUUGACUCUUUGCCUGUUUGAUGGUUCGUCGGAGGGCAUAGCGAGAUUUCUUACACUAUAAGCGUCCGGGUUAGAGUCCCGCUCCUUGAAAGCGGCAGCUCUACCCUUUAGCUCAGUGCGGAUGUUGCCUGUAAUCCAUGGCUUCUGGUUGGGGUAUGUACGUACGGUCACUGUGGGGACAUGCAUGCUGCCUAAUAGUAGGCAUUUUGUGUAUCCGAAAAUAUGUUUUAUAGUAUUUGAAAUUUCGAGAAUGAAGUAUGCUUUAAAUGCCAGGAUGUCAUACUAAUUUCGGCAUUUCAUCUAGUAGAAUUCGCUGCACACUAUUGAGGAAGAGAGUCUUCUUCAGAUCCACGUGUGUUGGACAACAACUGAUAAUCAGCUGAUAAUGAGAUAAGGGAAUACACUGUACUCUGUAGCCUAGUAUUAGUAUGUUGGUAUGUGUUGCUGCAGACAUUUUUAUUAAACAGUAUGUUCUAAAUAGUAUGUAGUGUGAUUAGUAUGUGUGAUUACACAGUAUGCAGGUUUAGUAAGUAGUAGGCAAGACAAAGUUCGGCCACGGCCACUGUCUAUGCUCAAAAUAUGUUCUCUUAAAUUAAGCCCCACCCCCAGUCAAAAUAUAGUGCACCAGCACCAUCACUAGCACUACCAAUCAGUGGUGUGUAUUCAUGGAUGCCAAGGGCAGCCAGGCUUCCCCAAAAAUGUGACAAAACUAAAACAACAAAAAUUGAACAAUUUCUCUUUCAUCUUUCUGUGUUUUCAUAAUUUUCUUUAAAUAAGCAAGUGGCUGUAUUUAUCGCACCGAAAAAAAACAUCAGAGAUAGGGAAAAAGCGCCCCUCUGUCUCAGUAUCUUUAGCCCAUGUAUCUGAUGCUGUCUGGACAAAAAGAGUAUGACAUCUUGCUGCCAUAGCAUUUGAUUGAUUGAUGCCAGCGAGCAUUUGGCCUCUGUUGAUAGAAAUAUAUAUAAAAUAAUUAGCCAAUCAGCGUUGAGCUCAGCUCAACUGUGGGUGGACCUGUUGCAGCAAAACGCCCCCCAAGGGAGGCCAGUUUGGUUUGGCAUCAUACCAAUCAAAUCACAUCAAAAGCAAAACGUCCUUGUCAGAAUUGUUUUAAUGUUUCUAGUCUUUUUGUGAUGUGUUGUUGUCCUCCUGCAGUAGCUAGCUAGCUAAAUCUGCCCUUCCUAAGCCAUGUAUGGAGAUGGGGAUUUGGACUUGGUGUUACUUAAUUCUCUGUACAGGCCAAUGAUUAUAACGGUGAUUCUGAUCUAACCAUAAAUUCAUAUAUUGUGCCACUGUACUGAUUGAAGUUCAAUAUUUAGCCUAGAUGUAGUAGGCUCAAAUUAACUAGCUAGCUAGCUAGCUAACUUAGCUGGUUCAUUGUUGCCCAUGUGAGGAAGUUAGACUAGCAAGCAUUUUAGCUAGCUAGCGUAGUCUAGAACAUUGCUGUGCGGUAGCAGAGAGAACACUCCUGGAUGGCAGGGAGCUCGGCCCCAGUGAUGUACUGGGCCGUAGGCACUACCCUCUCUAGUGCCUUGCGGACGGAUGCCAAGCAGUUGCCAUACCAAGCAGUGAUGCAGCCAGUCAAGAUGCUCUCAAUGGUGCAGCUGUAGAACCUUUUGAGGAUCUGAGGGCCCAUGUCAAAUAUUUUCCGCCUCCUGAGGGGGAAGAGGUAUUGUCGUGCCCCCUUCACGACUGUGUUGGUGUGUUUGGACCAUGAUAGAUCCUUAGUGAUGUCGACACAGAGGAACUUGAAGCUCUAGAUGUAGCCUAGAUGUAGUAGGCUCACGUUAACUAGCUAGCUAACUUAGCUGGUUCAUCGUUGCCCAUGCGAGGAAGUUAGGCUAGCAAGCAUUUUAGCCAGCAAGUCUAGGACAUCAAAAACUACAAGCAUGUACUACUGUAUGACAGUCAUAGACCGUUUUGCCAACAUGAAAGCGAGAUGGAUGCCAUUGGCGUUCAUCUAGUCUACAAGUGGGGUGAGUCAACAACAUGUUUUUUCUAAUUGUACCAUGGAGAGCCACAUGAUAUUUAGCAACGUCGACUACACUCAAUUGUUUUUGGUAUCUCUUAAGUUUGUUUUCACUGUAUUAGACUAAGCAUAUACUGUUUAUGUUGAAAUGGUACUGACUUGCUGUGGUUCUAAAUCAAUAAUUGUUUACUAAACUGUCAGAAACAUUAACAUGCUUGAGUAUGUUGUAAACAACAGGUGAAAAUGUUUGUUACAUACAAUAUUUGCUUUGUGGACUUCACUGGAUGUUGCUCUCCUGUUUUGUGAUGAAUCAAAAGGAACACCUAUGUGAGAAUGCUGUUCAUUGACUACAGCUCAGCGUUCAACACCAUAGUGCCCUCAAAGCUCAUCACUAAGGUAAGGACCCUGGGACUAAACACCUUCCUCUGCAACUGGAUCCUGGACUUCCUGACAGGCCGCCCCCAGGUGGUAGGCAACAACACAUAUGCCACGCUGAUCCUCAACACGGGGACCCCUCAGGGGUGCGUGCUUAGUGUCCUCCUGUAUUCCCUGUUCAUCCAUGACUGCGUGGCCAAGCACGACUCCAAUAGCAUCAUUAAGUUUGCCGACGACACAACGGUGGUAGGCCUGAUCACCGACAACGAUGAGACAGCCUAUAGGGAGGAAGUCAGAGACCUGGCAGUGUGGUGCCAGGACAACAACCUCAACGUGAGCAAGACAAAGGAGAUGAUUGUGGACUACAGGAAAAGGAAGACAGAGCACGCCCCCAUUCUCAUCGACGGGGCUGUAGUGGAGCAGGUUGAGAGCUUCAAGUUCCUUGGUGUCCACAUCACCAACAAACUAUCAUGGUCCAAACACUCCAGGACAGUCAUGAAGAGGGCAUGACAACGCCUUUUCCCCCUCAGGAGACUGAAAAGAUUUGGCAUGGGUCCUCAGAUCCUCAAAGAGUUAUACAGCUGCACCAUCAAGGAGAAUCCUGACUGGUUGCAUCACCACCUGGUAUAGCAACUGCUUGGCCUCCGACCGCAAGGCGCUACAGAGGGUAGUGUGUACGGCCCAGUACAUCACUUGGGCCAAGCUUCCUGCCAUCCAGGACCUCUAUACCAGGCAGUGUCAGAGGAAGGCCCUAAAAAUUGCCUAAGACUCCAACCACCCUAGUCAUAGACUGUUCUUUGCUACCACACGGCAAGUGGUACCGGAGUGCCAAGCCUAUGUCCAAAAGGCUUCUUAACAGGUUCUACCCCCAAGCCAUAAGACUGCUGAACAGCUAAUCAAAUGGCUAACCGGACUAUUUGCAUUAACCCCCUCCCCCCCAUCCCCCCUUUUUUUACGCUGCUACUACUUGCUGUUCAUUAUCUAUGCAUAGUCACUUUACCCCUACCUAUAUAUACAUAUUACCUCAAUUACCUCGACUAACCUGUACCGCUGUACAUUGACUCGGUACCGAUACCUCCUGUAUGUAGCCUCGUUAUUGUUAUUCUAUUGUUACUCUUUUUUUAAAAACUUUAGUUAAUGUAGUAAAUAUUUUCUUAACUCUAAUUUUUCGUAAAACUGCAUUGUUGGUUAAGGGCUUAUAAGUAAGCAUUUCAUGAUAAGGUCUACACAUUUUACAUUUACAUUUUAGUCAUUUAGCAGAUGCUCUUAUCCAGAGCGACUUACAGUUAGUGAGUGCAUACAUUUUUUCAUACUGGCCCCCCUGUGGGAAUCGAACCCACAACCCUGCCGUUGAAGCGCCAUGCUCUACCAACUGAGCUACACGGGGCCACAAGUGUAGCUCAGUUGGUAGAGCAUGGCGCUUGCAACACCAGGGUUGUGGGUUUGAUUCCCACGGGGGGCCAGUAUGAAAAAAUUUAUGCACUCACUAACUGUAAGUCGCUCUGGAUAAGAGUGUCUACUAAAAUGUAAAUAUAAAUGUAAAAAGGUUUUUCUACAUCUGUUGUAUUUGGCACGUGACAAAUACGAUUUGAUUUGAUUUGAAUCAAAUAUAUCUGUGGUUGAAUUUAUUCCGCCACUGUGUGACUGUUGUGUUUUUGUUGUCUCGGCCUUAUUGUAUAUCACGGUGGUGUAUGAACGAAUGGGUUAUAGAGCAAACAACGCAAUUAUCACAACAUACACUGAGUGUACAAAACAUUAAGAACACCUUCCUAAUAUUGAGUUGCACCCCCCUCGUUUGCCCUCAGAACAGCCUCAAUUCGUCAGGGCAUGGACUCUACAAGGUGUCGAAAGCUUUACACAUGGAUGCUGGCCCAUGUUGACUCCAAUGCUUCCUUCCCAAAGUUGUGUUAAGUUGGCUGGAUAUCCUUUGUGUGGUGGACCAUUCUUGAUAUAGACAGGAAACUGUUGAGCAUUAAAAACCCAGCAGUGUUGCAGUUCUUGACACAAACCGGUGCGCCUGGCACCUACUACCAUCCCCCUUUCAAAGGCAUUUAAAUAUUUUGUCUUGCCCAUUCACCCUCUGAAUGGCACACAUACACAAUCCAUCUUUAACCUGUCUCCUACCCUUCAUCUACACUGAUUAAAGUGGAUUUAACAAGUGACAUCAAUAAGGGAUCAUAGCUUUCACCUCAUCAGUCUAUGUCAUGGAAAGAGCAGGUGUUCUUAAUGUUUUGUACACUCAGUGUAGGUUGUAAUAUGGCUUUUUUCCUGGCUUGGCUUCAAUAGUGAUUUUACCCACGCACCGCUACUGCCACAAAUGCCCACUCAAAUGCAACAGAAUAAUUUACAUAAAUAUCACUUUCAGAAAGAUUAUGAAUAGUCACAUUAUUUAUGAACUAGGGCUGUUAGUUAGUUAAUGAGUUAACUUUUUGUAAUUUUAGUGCAUUCAUUUUUUCGUAAUUAAUCACAUUGCCUGAAAGCUUUCAAAAUACACAGAAAAUAUCCAAAAUACAUAAUUAAGUGUGCUUUAUCAAUCUACCUGAUUUUGCUAGCUGUUACUUUGGACAAAAUCAAGAUGUCAAUAUUCUUGUAAUGUUUUUUGGAUAAAGAAAUCUUAAAUUACAGCUCAAUUUGAGCAAAUUCUAAAUUUGCAAUUAAUCGUGAUUAAUCACAGCAAAUCCUGUGAUUAACUCAAUAAUGUUUUUUAUCAUUUGACAGCCCUAGUAUGAACAUGAUUUCACAAAUAAGUAUGAUACACUUAGUAGCACUGACCAAAUAGAUAGAAAGGAGCUGCAAGUCCUUACUCUGCACUCUCCACUAAUGCAACUAUACAGUAUAUGAAUGGUAUAAAGCCUCAGACACACCAAGGAUAGUGUACCGUACUUAGCAGCUCUGCCGAAAGUGUUAAAAAUACUCCAGACCACAAGUUGGCAGUAGCUUUCUUAAGCUAUUUUUUGGCUUGUGCCUGCUGUAGCUUGCUAAUGUUAGGUAACUAGCAAGCUACGCUAAUGUCAAAGAUAUUUAUAACUAACCCAAGAUAGACCACAGCCUGUCAUUUCCAAUGGGAACAAAUUAGUCAUAGUGGGCAGAACAAGCAAGGAGGGGGGGCAGAGCCAACCACGAGCUAGCGAGAGCCUAUUGGCGCGUUCUAGCAUGUAUUUGCAUAUUUCUGUUAGGGAAUGCCUACGGGAACUGCGUGUGUGCAAUAACUCAAUUUGCCCUUGCACUCCUUCUAAACAACACCAUUUUUGGAAACUUUAGCAAAGGGUAAAGUCUACAAAACUUAGUUCACUUUGUUCGUAACAGAUUCUUGUUUUGGGGACAUAAAACUAUAUUGAGAUCAAAUGUUUUUUUUUGCAGAAUGUCGGCCAAACUCCAUCUUGUUCCAUCUUCUCCCAUUGCCGGGCACUGGGCUUCCUCUCACCACCAUAUUUGGUAGUGAGUGGAAACGGCAAGCAGAUGCUUCACCUGGUGAAAUAUCUGUCUCAUUGUUCUAUCUGUGCUAAUGUUGUUGCUAGUCAGAUGGCCACAACUAGAUAACUAGAGUAGCUAGCAACAUUAUAAUUCAAUCACAAUGGAUUCAUUGUUUCAUUAAGCAGCUGCCUGUUAGCUGCUGAGAGUCAGUGGAGUAGCUAGCUAGCAAGCUAUGUUGUGCUAACUGGCAAAUGUUGGUGCUAACUGUUUAGCAAACGUUAGCUAGCAAGCGAACUGGCACUGGCAUUAUGGAAUAAUGGAGAAUUAAUAAAAUUAUUUAUUCAUCAUCUUGCUUGAUAGCUAGCUUGGUAAAGCAUUUAGUAUUGUGUGCAUUGUGCUGCACGUACCCCCCCAUUCAUUCCAUAUGAAGUGUGUGUGACUGCCUGGCUCAGUUAGCAAGCUAACGUUAGCUAGCUAGCUAGCUAAUGAGCAAGUGCACAUUAUCAAACCUAACGAAAAAAUCUUUCAAGCAUAAAACUCCCUAGCUAGAUGUAAAAUAUGUAAAGACUUGCUCUAGAAAAAAAAAAGUAUUAUGCAGCCUUAUUGUUUUAGUUAGAACAAUUCUAAUGAAAAGGGUGUGGAUUACACUGGGAAAAGUGCCCUAUCUUUUUCCUUUUUCUUGUCUCUUCUGUUGGCUGUAUGCUUUCUGAUUGUCUCAAAGCCAAGUUGUCAGCCACUGACGAGCAGGGCGAUUCUACAAGUAGAAACGGCAGGUUCUUCGGUACCAGGUCGGUACGUAGCAGGUACGUAUUUUGUUCUUGCAAGAGAAAGAACGGCUUCCUAUUGUGCUAAGUACCUAUCGGCCGUCAGUUUUCUCGGUGUGUCUGACCUCUAACAAUUAAUGGCACGCUGCUCGUCAAGAUGAAUGGCAACCUUAAUUCUUCCUAAAGUCCUUGUGUUGCAACGCAAUGGAAGUACCUAUAGGAUCUGCUGCAUACAGUGAGGGAAAAAAGUAUUUGAUCCCCUGCUGAUUUUGUACGUUUGACCACUGACAAAGACAUGAUCAGUCUAUAAUUUUAAUAGUAGGUUUAUUUGAACAGUGAGAGACAGAAUAACAACAAAUAAAUCCAGAAAAACGCAUGUCAAAAAUGUUAUAAAUUGAUUUGCAUUUUAAUGAGGGAAAUAAGUAUUUGACCCCUCUGCAAAACAUGACUUAGUACUUGGUGGCAAAACCCUUGUUGGCAAUCACAGAGGUCAGACGUUUCUUGUAGUUGACCACCAGGUUUGCACACAUCUCAGGAGGGAUUUUGUCCCACUCCUCUUUGCAGAUCUUCUCCAAGUCAUUAAGGUUUCGAGGCUGACGUUUGGCAACUCAAACCUUCAGCUCCCUCCACAGAUUUUCAAUGGGAUUAAGGUCUGGAGACUGGCUAGGCCACUCCAGGACCUUAAUGUGCUUCUUCUUGAGCCACUCCUUUGUUGCCUUGGCCGUGUGUUUUGGGUCAUUGUCAUGCUGGAAUACCCAUCCACAACCCAUUUUGAAUGCCCUGGCUGAGGGAAGGAGGUUCUCACCCAAGAUUUGAUGGUACAUCGUCCCUUUGAUGCGGUGAAGUUGUCCUGUCCCCUUAGCAGAAAAACACCCCCAAAGCAUAAUGUUUCCACCUCCAUGUUUGACGGUGGGGAUGGUGUUCUUGGGGUCAUAGGCAGCAUUCCUCCUCCUCCAAACACGGCGAGUUGAGUUGAUGCCAAAGAGCUCGAUUUUGGUCUCAUCUGACCACAACACUUUCACCCAGUUCUCCUCUGAAUCAUUCAGAUGUUCAUUGGAAAACUUCAGACGGGCCUGUAUAUGUGCUUUCUUGAGCAGGGGGACCUUGCGGGCGCUGCAGGAUUUCAGUCCUUCACAGCGUAGUGUGUUACCAAAUGUUUUCUUGGUGACUAUGGUCCCAGCUGCCUUGAGAUCAUUGACAAGAUCCUCCCGUGUAGUUCUGGGAUGAUUCCUCACCGUUUUCAUGAUCAUUGCAACUCCACGAGGUGAGAUCUUGCAUGGAGCCCCAGGCUGAGGGAGAUUGACAGUUAUUUUGUGUUUCUUCCAUUUGCGAAUAAUCUCACCAACUGUUGUCACCUUCUCACCAAGCUGCUUGGCGAUGGUCUUGUAGCCCAUUCCAGCCUUCUGUAGGUCUACAAUCUUGUCCCUAACAUCCUUGGAGAGCUCUUUGGUCUUGGCCAUGGUGGAGAGUUUGGAAUCUGAUUGAUUGAUUGCUUCUGUGGACAGGUGUCUUUUAUACAGGUAAGAAGCUGAGAUUAGGAGCACUCCCUUUAAGAGUGUGCUCCUAAUCUCAGUUUGUUACCUGUAUAAAAGACACCUGGGAGCCAGAAAUCUUUCUGAUUGAGAGGGGGUCAAAUACUUAUUUCCCUCAUUAAAAUGCAAAUCAAUUUAUAACAUUUUUGACAUGCGUUUUUCUGGAUUUUUUUGUUGUUAUUCUGUCUCUCACUGUUCAAAUAAACCUACCAUUAAAAUGAUAGACUGAUUUCUUUGUCAGUGGGCAAACGUACAAAAUCAGCAGGGGAUCAAAUACUUUUUUCCCUCACUGUACCUUUCAGAGAUGGCGUUUUGGUUGGUGUUGGGGCUCCUUGGGGCUAGAGAUAAGGGGUUGUGAGUGGACUGGACAGGAUAGGGACGUUCGAGGCCAAGGGGGAUGGGGGGUUAAACCCUAAACCUGGAGCUUUGCCUGGGGCUCAGGCCUAAUGCCUGUCAGGGUGUACAUUUCCCCUGAGUUCCGGAAAAUUGGGGAGAUUAAUGUAGGCGGAAGGACAGUGCAUUAAUUGUGUUUCCAGAUGUACGGGUGGCGUUGCCACUUUAGUUUUUCUUUCUGCCUCCAGUUUUACGAGUCAUGUAAAAUCGAACCUGUGUGGGACUGCUAAGGGGUCCAUCAUCAGCAAUUUGGGACACCUUGUUAUCCAUUGAUCAGUGAGGGCAAAUGAUAUGUCCUGAACAAGUCUAUUUGUCAGUUCUAAUAUUAUUAAGAUUUGUAUUCAAUUCUGCAAUAAUAGAUAACUUUGCUUGAAGUUUGGAAAACAGUUGUCUUUAAGGCUUUUAUUUGUUUUUUAAACAGUUUAGACAGAUUCAUUUUCAUAAAGAUUAUAGUUAAAAUAGGAGGGAUAUAAUGUUUUCAGAUUUUAAGAAACGAUUAAAGUUACAAUAUGUAACUUUUUGGGUGACCCGACCAAAUUCACAUAGAAAUGUGAGGUAUACAUCUGUCAUGCGGUAGAUCUGUUCUAAGUGCGCUAUUUCUAUGCUUCCCGUACAUAAGUUUAGUUUUUGCGUAUUUUACUUUCGGUUUUGUACACCAGCUUCAAACAACUGAAUAUACAAGGUUUUUGGGUAUUGAAAAGAUAUUUCACAGCUGUUUCGAUUGUACAAUGAUUCUCUACGCUACGCAUUGCUUGUUUUGUCACAUAAACUGAAAUUAGGCUAACUAUUAGAAUUUUAGGAAAUGGCAGAGCGAUUUCCGCAUAUUGCACCUUUUUAAAGUACUAUAAUAAGUAAAAAAUUAAAAAUAAAGUUAUCCUUCAAUGCUGUCUAUGUAACAUUUUGGUUAUUUAGCAGACGUUCUUAUCCAGAGCGACUUACAGUCAGUGCAUUCUAAUGGCUCUCUUUCUGUCUGUGUGUGUGCUGUCUUUCUCCCCCAGAGGCCAGGCUGUGAGGAGGUGUGUGCAGUUAUCCCAGCCCUGGAGCUGAUGCUAGGCCAGUGGAAGGAGGAGAUGGCCGUGAUGGUGGAGCUCAGCCAGUUGUCCAAGGAGCACAGUGACCCGCACUCCGCCAGUGUUGUGAAGAGCCGCUUUCUGGGGCCGCUGGUGCCCCGCGUCAAACUGUUGGGAGACCUCCUGACCAACGCACGUAGGGUGGGCUGCACCAGUGACCGCUCGGGGGGCUUCGGGGAGUACCUCAUCGACCAGCUGCAGGAGGAGUUGACCAACGUCUCCAGUGGAUAA